GUUUAUUGACAGUGGAUUGGCCUCUUUUCCUGCCAACGCUCGGAAGCAGAACUAAAACCAUCUCAUGCCGACGAUGAUAUGGCAGCUGGAAGAGGAAGGUCCUUCCGUCGUGUUGGGAGUCUCAUGCGGAGUAAAUCUGAGGGGACACUGAUUGAUCUGGAUGACAAAGACUCCACCAGUGACAACAGGAAUGGUGUGCAUGUGGCACAGAACUCUGAGUGGCCCCUUUCAAACCCAGAAGACGCACGUUCGUCUCAGUCGAAAAAUCCCUUUUGGAACAAACUGUCUCGAUCGAAUCCUUUCUUGGAUGACAUUGUAGACAGCAGCACAGUCAAACACAUUUCUAGCUCCGUUAAUGUGAAGCAAAUCAAUGAAAAUCCUUUAGACACAAAUAACGAUGACGCCUUUAGCACAUCUUCGGAUGAAGGCAACGUGGGGAACUUUUUGGAAAACAAAAACCAAGCCAUCGACAGAUCUGGGAGAUGCAGAAGUGCUUCUGACAUCCUGGAUGAUCUGGAGAGAAAAGUGCCAAAACAAGAGAACAGCUUCAAACCGCCUGGGCCGGUGCUGAACCCAGACUUUGAGUGGCUUAAGAACGACAGAGAGGCCUACAAGAUGGCCUGGCUGAGCCACAGGCAGCUAACCCGCUCGUGUCUGGACUUAAACCUGAUAAGCCAGAGUCCAGGCUGGGCUCAGACACAGGCCACUGACUUUCAGGUCAUCUGCAAGAUCGGCCACACUGGAGGCUCAGUACAGUUGCCAUCCUCAGAAAUUAGCAUCCAUGUCCCAGAAGGCCAUGUUCCUGCAGGAGAAGUCCAGGAAGUUACACUGAAAGCAAUGCUAGACCCUCCUCCUGGACUCAAUAACAACUACGUGACAACCAUAAGUCCACUUCUAGAGGUGGUCCUCAGCAACAUCAACAUAAAGGAGUGCAUCUCUCUGGAGAUGAAAUUGGCCGGAGAGGUGAAGAGCGACCCAUUGAGUCAGGUGAUGACUACUGUGGUCGGCCUGGUGUCCAACAAAAAAGAGGGACCUUAUCUUAAAGGGAACGACUGUUACAUCUAUAAGAAUGUGAUGCAAAUGAAGCUGCAGGACCUUAAGACACAUUUUUAUGUAGUUGCAGUCGCGGAGGCCUCUGCAAUCCAGUCUCCUGCUACAUCGGUGUGGGAUUACCUUGAUCGCCAAAUCACGGUAGCAGUUUAUGGCCCCAGGUAUAUCCAUCCAUCAUUCAAGGUCGUAAUAGUGGUUUGCGGUCAUGAGGACGUUCCGCCAAGGCUUCCGUUUUCAGAGAUCUGCAGGGGGAACAAAAAUAUACCUCCACUUGUGCUGCAGCUUUGGGGAAAACAUGGGUUCAAACCAGACAAACUGACCAACCUGCAUGUCGGUAUUAGCCUCACCGACUCAAUGUUCAAAAUCAAAGCCGAGGACGAACUGAAAGAAGUGAGACAAAGUCGGCUCAAAAUAGGGACAGUUUUUCAUCUGCCAGUUGCGUUAUCUUGUGAGAGUAACACAGAAAUGACUCCUUUUCAAUUAGAUCUGCAGGUGAAAGAAUCAAAAGAUGCAAUUGUUGCACAUUUCCAGGUGCCUUCCCCUCCCGCAGCACCCGCCAGAUCAGAGAAGCGAGUGCCGAGGCAAAUAAGCGCAGAAAAGCGCAUUGAAAUGACAAGAAGCUCACCUAUCCCCGAGGAAAGUGUUCCAGAUUUGCCCAAAUUCACAGACAGACCGGUGAACCUACAGUGGUAUGGUGUGGCCUUAAAGUCAGUCCUCCGUCAGCCACGCGUACACUACCUUCUGGAGUAUUUCAAGGGGGACACUGUAGCUCUCCUCUCCAGAAAGACUGUCAGGUCAGUGGGUAACUCCAAAGUAAAGGAGUGGUAUAUCGGAUUCCUCCGAGGCAGGACCGGUCUGGUUCACUGCAAGAACGUCAAGCUCAUAACCGCAGACCAAGUGAUCGACUUCACCGGCAUUGAAAUCACCACAGAGGUCCUCUUGGACAACAUGACGCGGCCUUUCAAGAAGCUUACUUACAUGUACUCCGCCAUCCAGACGCUGGUCACUGAACACAUAAGCAGCUGGAGAGGUUUGGCUGAUGCUUUAGGGUACGGCAAGCUGUCGCUGGACACGAUCACACGGAGGCACGCUGAAACUCAGGCUGAUAAAGUGGCCUGCGUACUAGAAACGCUGAAGGAAGACUGCCACGCUGAGAAGAGCAGGAAAAAGUUUCUGCAUGAGCUCAUGGUGGGUCUGUUGAAGAUGGACUCGGUGAAUCUUGUGGCCCAGCUGAUUCAGAACACAGUCAUUUUGUCCACAGCUGUGGAGCUGGGAGCUCGAUGGCGGGAGCUCGCGGAGAAGAUGGGCAAACUGUCCAGUGCUCAGAUAGCGGACUACGAGGCGCCGCACCGAGGGAAGAGCAGGGAAGUCGGUGCCCAGUCAAUGUGGAAGCCCGCCUACGACUUCCUGUACUCCUGGAGUCUGCGGUAUGGGGACAGCUACAGGGACAUGAUCCAGGAUCUGCACCUGGUCCUGGACAAAAUGAAACACCCUGCCACCCGACAGUGGAGGCAGUUGACUGGUGCCCUCAUCACAGCGAACUGUCUGGAUAUCUUUCGAGCCUCUGCAUACCCAAAUUCCUAAACACGCACUUGGGAAAAACAGAGGUUUUGUUACACAGCAAUAAGGCUUUGAUGUUGUUUUUGAUGUUACUUUGUUCUUUUUUUGUCAUUGUAUAGUUUUGCUUAUUUUAACACAAGGCAUUAGAAGCUACUUCAUUGAAAUCCAAUCAGGUACUUGCACUUAAUGUUUGGAUCUCACUUGGUGAAUGUGAAAUAUUUUUCUUACAUUUUUGAGCAAUGAAGGAAUGUCCUUUCAUCUUACGAAGAGAAGAAAAUGAAGAGUAGUCUGGCACUUUUCUCUCUGUCUCUAUGUACACAAAUGUGAUGAAGCCUUAACGUGAAAGUUUAUUCUGGUGGAUCUAUUUCUGUGAAAUGUUUAUGAGAUCAGUUGUUCCCGACUGACAUCAAUUUUCCUGGGUAUGAAAAAUCUCAACGGGUGUUUUCAUCUUUUAUUCCUUUGCCUGUUAAUAGUAGGCUAACAAUACACAAAAGUGAAUUACCUAAAAACCAGGUUAAAAUAUUAUUUAUGAAUCUAAUUUGAUAACUUCUAGUACAUUACUUAACUUACUUACUGUAUUCAGUUUGUUUUUUUAAGGAUCCACAGUAUUAAGAUCCAUGUCACCUUUAUGGCUCCUGUGAUAGUUUGUGUCAAUGGGAUUUUUUGAGUUUUAGUUUUCUGUAAAAUAAUGUAGGUAGUGAAUACUAAUGUGAACACUGUUGCUAACUAACAAUCUCGAGGGUUGCAGCACUGCCAGGACAUUAAAUUGAGUUUGUGUGCUGAAAAUUAGAAUGUUCUACCAAAGUUACAUUUUCCCGAUGCCAGUAAACAAACCAUGAAGAUGCUACUAUACAAGUGUCAUAAACUAUUGUUUCUUAAAUAUAUGACUUAAAUGUUAUUUUUAUACUGUAGUGAAAUGUUUUAGAUAUGUACAGUACGCAGUGCCUUCACUCACAGAAAAACAAUUGAUAUCUUUGAUUCUGAAAUAAAGAUGUGUUGCAUGACAUGAAUAAAUAAACUGCAGUAAA